AUUAAAUCUGAACAAGGACUGUUUUUCAUCAUUUUUCAUCUUUUGACCCAAAUGCUAUAGUUAUUGAUAUUAUUGAUGUUGGUAGCUUGGUCCGAAUGUUGUUGUUGUUUUGGUUGUCAGUCGCUCAAAUCGCUCAAAUCAAAACAUCAGAGAAGCCACCAGAAAAGGUCUUGAGCAUCAAAAGUGUAUAUUUAAGGCGUGAUUUCAGUGAUAAUUCAUGUGUUACUGAUAUUUUUUGUUUUAAUAAAUAACAUAGAAUGGAGGAGUCUUUCGCCAAGCGCAUUCGAUACAACUCGCAUCUGUAUCGGAAUCGUGAUCGUCUGGUUGAAACAGAACAGGAUGAAGAACCUAUUUCAAGUGGAAGUUCGAAUGCUGUAGAACUCGUGGAAAACGCUGAUGACUAUAUCAUACCGGAUGAUGGACCUGCGAACGUUCAAGAUAUCCAGGACGGUGAUGAAAUUGGAGCGCUGGAAUGUGCGCAUGAUGAGGAAAAUGAUAUUGAUGAUCAUGUCAUAGAUUAUCUCAUGGAAAGUUCAGAUGAAGAGGAAGCAUUGGAACAAUACAACGCAGCAUUUUCAGUGCAUGAUGCUUUACGUCGCUGGGCCAUAUCGAGAAAUCAAACGUAUGAGUCAAUCGAGGAAGUGAUGGAAAUUGUUAGAAAAACAAGUAAUUGUAAGCUGCCAAAAGAUGCAAGGACUCUGUUGAAGAUCAACCGAAACCCUUCUGCGGAGAUAACAACAGUUGAAGGAGGACAAUAUUGGUAUCACGGUAUUCAAAAAUGUUUCAACGAACUAAGCAAUCUAACCCUUCAUUCCGAUUCUACGCUUUUGAUAAACGUAUCGAUCGACGGAUUACCACUAUUCAAAAGUAGCAACCUUCAAUUUUGGCCCAUACUUUUCAACAUUCAUGAAAUGCCAGAAGUACCUGUAAUGAUAGCUGCUAUUUAUUGUGGUCCGACAAAACCAGUAAGCAUCGAACACUUUCUUCGUCCUUUUGUUGAUGAAAUCAACUUCCUCAUGAAAAAUGGAGCACAGAUCAAUAAUAAGACGGUUAAGAUAAAACUGCGCGCAAUUAUAGCUGAUUCUCCAGCUCGGGCGUUUAUUAAAGGUGUUGUCAGCUUCAACGGUAUACAUGGCUGCUUGAAAUGUGUGUCUGAGGGAAGGAGUAUCCGAGGAAGAGUAGCAUUUCCCGAUAUCGCUGGUUCUGAUCGCACUAAUGAAGGAUUUAGGUCGCGCUCGUAUGGUAAACACCACAAAUUUGAUUCUCCUCUAUUAUCUCUAUUAGACGAAUUUGAUCUUGUAAAACAAGUAAUAGUUGCAGAUUUAUUGCAUUUAAUUGAUUUAGGAGUAGCAAAACGUUAGUUAAUGGGCUGGAUAUGUGGAAAAUUUGGUGUGGUGCACAAGUUAUCUCCUGAACAAAUCAACAAAAUGUCAGCAAUGUUGAUGCAUAUCAAAUUACCUGUAGAGAUCCACAGAAAGUUCCGUUCAUUACGUGAUCUCAAGUAUUGGAAAGGCACUGAAUUAAACUCUUUCUUAUUUUACGCAUCCGUUGUUGUACUCAGAGGAACAUUGAGUGAACAACAAUACAAUCAUUUUAUGUUGUAUUUUUGCAGCAUUACAAUUUUUUCAUCUGAAGUAUACAAAGAGCAUUGGUCAUUAGCAAAUACUCUCCUACAUCUGUUCGUGAAACAGUACGGAAUUAUUUACGGCCCAGAAUAUAUUUCGAGUAAUGUUCAUAACCUUUUGCAUAUUUACCAAGAAGUUAUUGAUUUUGGAAUACUUCGGUUUAUAUCUUCUUAUGACUUUGAGAACGAACUUCAGCAUAUGAAACAUUCAUUGCGAAGUGGAUCAAAAAGUUUAGAACAAACAAUAAACCGUAUAGCAGAAUGGGCAGGCUAUAAACCGGAUAAAUAUAUUAAACAACUACAAUAUCCCACGAUUCAUAGGAGAGGAAAUAUUACUACACUUCAUGUGCGCCAAGGAUUUUGUAUAAAGAAUGAUGGUAGCAAUUCUUGGUUUUUAACAAAAUCGGGUAGCGUAUGUCAAUUUGUAAAUGCAGAUAUACAGCAGUCUUCCGUAGACUUAACAGCAAGAAAGCUAACUAGGACUAUUGAUGAUUUCAACUAUCCUUUCAAUUCAAAAUUUUUGAACAUACAUCGCGGAAAUAUUAACGAUUUAGGAAAAGAAAAUAUUAUAAUAGGUUUUCAGGAUAUAAAAUGUAAAUUAGUAGUUGUACCAUUGUCUAAGGAAAAUGAAAAUAGUUUUGUUCCCUUGAUACAUACAUUGGUUUAUUAAAACAAAACAACCACGUUUUUUAAA